UUUAUUUGAUGACGGACGGUAACACGUCACGGACUCCGAUAACCCCUUUACAUGAUCCGACUCCGACCCGAUAAGUUGGCUCUAGAGAGAUUACUCCAAAUCACAUAUAACACGUCUGUUGUUAGAUGAUUUCUGAUGAAUACGGGAUGGAUCUACCUAUCGGAUUCGGAUUGUGAUAGGCCUUCGGCCCCUGUACUCGCAUACCGACGCGUAGUUCUGUCGUGCGUGACCGCGUUAGUAACGCCGACGGGAGACAUGUAAUGUUUGGUUCUGCAGACGGCCUGACACAUGUCAGACGACCCUCCUCGCCUCGCAGACCCACGCGCCGUCCUCCCCGAAAAAGUCCAGAGAUGGUGUGCGGGAGAAGCAGAUCGUGAAGCUUCAGCUUGCAGGAUCACAAGUAGAACGCUUCGCCGCUUGCGUCGCAGGGUGUUCCCGAUGGCGGGCGAACGGAGAUCACAGCCGCUGCAACGCGAAGAAGAAGGGGGAGAGUCGUCGCCUCGCAAACUAGCCCGCGUCUUGUCCGAUGAAGCUGGGAUCGUGACGAUGGCGGCGCCGUCGCCUUUGAUGCUGGGGUUGGGGCUCGGGCUCGGGAGAGGAGUAGGAGCAUCCAAACCGGUGUUCACCUUCAUGCAGCUGCAGGAGCUGGAGCACCAGGCGCUCAUCUACAAGUACAUGGCCGCUGGCCUCCCCGUCCCAGUUCACCUCGUCCUCCCCAUCUGGAAGAGCGUCGCUGCCUCCUCCUUCGGCCACUACAGCUACCCUUCCUUGAUGGGCUACGGGAGCCUGUGCCUGGACUAUCGGAACAUCAUGGAGCCGGAGCCCGGGCGGUGCAGGAGGACCGACGGCAAAAAGUGGCGGUGCUCCAGAGACGUCGUCCCCAACCAGAAGUACUGCGAGCGCCACAUGCACCGGGGCCGCAACCGUCCAAGAAAGCCCGUGGAAGCGGGAGCUACCACCCCGAUCACCGCCACUUCUACACAGCUGUCCAUUACGGUUCCGGCUGUUGGGCGCCAGCUGACUACCGACGCCAACACCGGCAUUAGCGGUGGCAGCCGCGUGUCUCCGCCAGGGCAGGGCCUAUCGCACGCUCGCGUCCUUCGAAACGACGCUGCUGCUUGAUCUGCCUGUCGGAGAGGGAAAACACCGUAGGCACGAGGCAAGUAAGUAGCUGGUGCGCGGUGGGGAGGGGGGGUGACAGAGGAACCCAACCCAGGUCUCAUGAUCCAGCACGCCCAGAGCUCGCAUUACGAUAGAUGGUCUUUUUCCUCCUUCGUUUUCCCUCUGUGGGUAAGCAUAGGUUCCAUGGUGUGAGUGGUAGAACUCUGCUCAUCUCUGUCCCGGUCGCCACGGUGAGUGAGAGACAGCUCAUGCCGUGGUCUGCCACGGUGAAUCAAUUCCAAUCUCUGACAUGUCUUGUCAGAACGGUGCAGCAGCUUUUCUUUAGGUAUUUGAAUCGCUCGGCGCUGAGAAGCUCGUAUAAUAAAUGGACUACGCCACCUGAGAUGGCAUAUGUAAAGAGAAAGAGAUGUACAUGUGCUCUGUUUUGGUGUUGUCGUUGUUGCGUGCUUCACUCUUCAUGGAAGUGAGGGAGAUGCCUCUCCUGGAUUGAUCUUGUUUCGUAAAUUUAGUAGAUCGUGGUCUCCUCAGGUGCAUGCUUAUGUUCUCAAGUGAUAAUUGUAAUGAUCUGAAGAUAGGGGACACAUGUAAAAUAUGAACAAACUGAUUUGUCCUC